AUGGACGACGGCACAGACUCUCUGAUGACUGUGCAUCUGCUUGCCAAUUCGGGAUGCUCUUUGCUUCUGCAGCAAACUCUGGAUCGGCUUUUAGAGUGGAUCUGCCUGGACAUUCGCCUUUUCCUGGUGUCUGAGCGAGUUACUCCACUGAAAUACUAUGAGAGAUAUCGUAAGGGAAGCUGCGGCUUUCCCGGAAUAUCAGUUCUCCUUUUUCUACACGAGGACUUGGGAGAAGAACGGAUUUUCCAGGUCCACGAGCACUUCCAGCGUCCGCCCUGGCGCUACCAGUGUGCCCAGAUUGCUAAUGGGCGAAGCCACCCCUAUGCCCCAGCUCACCAGGACUUCUACAGCCUGGAGGACCAGAUGCCUGUCUGGGGAAUGAGGCGGGUGCAUUGUGGCCCCGAAAUCCUGCGUGUCACCCUCUACUGCAGUUUCGAUAACUACGAGGAUGCAGUGAGACUCUACGAGAUGAUCCUACAGAAAGAAGCAACUGUGCAGAAAAGUAACUUCUGCAUCUUUGUGUUGUACGCGACCCGAAAUCUUGCCGUGCAGCUCUGCUUGAAGCAGCUGCCCAUCGGGGUGGUUGCUGAGCCGAAGGAGUCCUCAGCCCUGCAGUUCAAGGUGCAAGAAAUGGGGCAGCUGGUGCCUCUCCUGCCUAACCCGUGUAUUCCCAUCAGUAGCACCAGGUGGCAAACGCAAGACUACGAAGGAAAUACAAUUCUGCUUCAGGUUCAAGACAGCUCCAAGCCCCGUGAAACAAAUGUUGGGCUUUGCCAUCAGCGUAAUAGCGCAGGCAACGAAAAAAUCCUGCAGGACUCCAUCCCAGCCCCUCUCCCUGUAAAGCGGGGUAAUCCUGGGCGGAGAGGCGAGGAGGUCAGAGCCGUGAAGGAUAAAACAAAAUCCAACCAAAGCGAAGCCCUUACUCCUGUGCAAGCCGGCGGUGACCUCCACAGGCAUCUCUGCUCUUCUCGCAGUGGUCCAGCAGCCCGGUCGUGGUGGGAUGCCACCUCCACCUCCCUCCACAGGCAGGCUUCUCUCCAGGAGAGCCACGUUCAUCGGCAGGCAGCGGAGACCAACGUGGACGCCGGGCUGGCCGUGGGGGGCCCGGCGAGCAGCUGCUGCCCACUGACCCGCUUCUCCAGGGACCUGCAGAGCAGCCUCCUGCGGCCACGAGCACCCACGGGUGGGGCUGGCAGCACUGUGCCCACCCAGGGCAGGACCCAGCUGCCAUGUGCCGCAGCCACGAGGAGUAAGGGAGCAGGGCAAAGAGCUUCGGGCUUCCACCUGCAAACACCCUGGGCCAGCCCUGCAAGCAGAGCAGGGGACGACGAGGAGGAGGAAUUCUUUAUAUGA